AUGUCGCUGCGACCCGCCAAGCGGACCAAGACGUCGGGACCGGGUGCUGGGGGCGCCGCUGCCACGGUGGCCUGUGGGCUGUGCGAGAACACACGGGGCGACACAGUGGCCUGCACGGAGUGCGAGUUUGUGACGUGCACGCUGUGCCUGGUGAACCGGCUGCGGGGCUCGAUGAGCUCGCCCCUGGUGUGCAAGUCGUGCGGGCACCCGCCGCUGCUGCAGCCGCUGCUGUCGCUGAACACGCUGCCGCUGAUCUGCGUUCCGAUGCACACACUUCUGCUGAGUGCGCUGCUGGCGCGACACGCGCCGCUGGUGUCUCUGUACGACAGCUGGGACGACCGGGAGACGUUCUUUCGACACUACAACGAGAUGUACCAGCCGCGUCAGAGGCAGAAUGCGCUGUACGCGCGGUACCGCAGGGAGCUCGAGGACCUGUUUGCGCGGAUGCUGGCGCACGUGUACCGGCAGAGCUUUGCGCGGGACCGGUACGACAAGGACCGCAAGGGACAUGUGCGGACGCUGGUGUGCUUUGAGAAGCUGCUGCGGGGGCUGCCGGAGGACGCGGGGCCGAGCGAGCGCCUGGGGGACAUUGUGGGACGGGUGCACUCGUUCCGACUGGGGGCGGGGGGGAAGUGGGACAUUGUGUGCGGAUACGACGAACAGUUUGCCAAGAAUGUGUCGAGUGUGACAUUCACGGGAAAUAUGGUGUAG